UACUCUUCCACUUUCAUUUCAGAGAAAGUGAAACUUACUGAGCAGCAGUGCUUGAUAUGUGACCCCUAUUCUUAGAGCCGCUCCCUGUUUUUCUAGAUUUGCUUUUAGGGAAAGUGAAACUUACCAAAUGCAGUGAAGAAGAUGGCGGCGAAAAGUGAAGCUCCCCAUUCUUUGUGCUGCUCUGUAUGCCUGGAGGUGUUGAAGAAACCUGUGACUCUUCCUUGCGGCCACAGCUACUGUAUGGACUGUGUAAGUAACUACUGGGACCAGGAGGGCCAGAAGGGUGUUUGCAGCUGCCCUCAGUGUAGACACACUUUCAACUCAAGACCUGUACUGAACAAGAACACGGUACUGGUUGAUUUGAUCGAGAAAAUGGCUGAACCCGAGAGAACCACUCCUUUAUGUGAAAAGCAAGCUAAACCAAAUGAAGUGGAGUGUGAUUUCUGCACUGUGAAGAAACUGAAGGCUGUCAAAACAUGUUUGGUGUGUCUUGCUUCUUACUGUGCCACACACGUCCAGCCUCACUAUGAGUCUGCAGCUUUCCAAAGGCACAAGCUGGUGGAGGUGUCAGACUCCAUCCAGGAGAAGAUCUGCUCUAAGCACGACAAGCUGCUUGAAGUGUACUGUCGCAGUGACGAUGAGUGCAUCUGCCUGCUUUGCGUCAUGGAUGAGCACAAAGACCAUGACACUGUCUCAGGUGUCAGAAAAGAGAAACAAAAACUAUUUGGAGAAAAGAAUCAAAGAAAUCAGCAAAGAAUUGGAGAAAAGGCGAAGCAGGUGCGACAGCUGGGACAGAAAAUUAAGGCAUUGAAGCUUUCCAGAGAUGCAGCACUUGACCAAAAUGAGAAGAUCUACGCUGAAAUUGUCUCGAUGGCAGAUAAGAGACGUUCAGUUGUGAAGGAGCUAAUCAAACAUCAGGAAAAUGCAGCCUUCGGUCAAACUGAAACGCUCAUCAGUCAGCUUGAGAAGGAGAUUAGAGACCUGAGGGGGAGAGACGAUGAAAUGAGGAAGCUGUCUUCAACUGAAGACAACAUUUACUUUUUGCAGCACUGCAAGCCUAUUUUCAAUAGCACAGAAUCUAAAAUGAGCCUGAACCUCAACCUCCAGCAGUACCUAGCCUUUGAUUGUGUGACAAAGGCUAUAUCAGACUUGAAAGACAAAAUGGAAACUGUGUCAACUGCUAUUAAGGAAAUAUCAGAUACCAUUGAAACCGUUCCAGAUCCAAUGACGAGGCAGGAAUUGUGCAUGUAUUUCUGUAGCUUGAGUUUGGAUCCCAACACAGCUUUUGAGAACCUGUUGCUGUCCGAGGAACACACCAAAGUUACUUGGACCAAGAAAGCCCAGGAGUAUCCCUACCACACAGAGAGAUUUACCAAAUAUGAUCAAGUGUUGUGCUCCGAAGGUUUGUCUGGUGUUUGCUACUGGGAAGUUGAGUGGAAGGGGCCCAGAGUUGAGGUGGCGGUGUGCUACAAAGGGCCAAACAUAAAAGAAAGCUGCUUUGGAUACAAUGACCAGUCCUGGAGUGUUUCCCUUGCAAAUUCUGGAUGUACUUUUUGGCACAAUGAAAUGAAAAUCAAAAUUCCCAACCCAUGUUCUUCCAGAAUGGGGUUGUAUUUGAACCAUAAAGCUGGAACCCUGUCCUUUUACAGUGUGUCUUGCUCUGAACAACUGGUGCUCCUCCAUAAAGUUCAAACCACUUUCUCCCAACCUUUGUACCCUGGGUUUAUGGUGUCCAAAGGAGCUUCCGUAAAGAUAAUCAAGCAGCAGUAAAACCGCUUGAUUUAAAUAAAUAAGUUGCAAGAUCCAUACAUCUAACUGAAAACAUACAGUUAGAUAUAGAGGCUAAGUAUCUGAUAUUAUGCUGUAAAGGGAAAUAAUGUAAUUAAAUUGUAUAAUUUGAGUCAUGUAAUUACGAUUACUCUGCCAUUGUAUUUUUAUAUACUUCAGAGGCACUCAAUGCAAAAGCAAAACGUGAACAAGUAUUAUAUGGGAAUCUUACCUGAAUUAUAUAUAUAUUGUGUAGCUCCAGUAAUGUCAGGAUACAAUGAAGACAUGUAGAACUUUACUCUCACCUGACAUUUCCCUCGUUUGCAACUGCACUGAAACUGUGCUUAACUUUCAUUACUGUUCAUCUUGUAUCUUCAUUUAGAGUUUUGUUAUAUUUGUACCAAAUCAUUUCUUGACUGUUUUGAACCACGAUGAAUGAAACAUUGACCAACAUAUUUGAUUUGUAAGAUUUUGAUGAUGGCUCUCAUUAAAAUAUGUUUGUUCAA